AACGGUCAAAACGUGCAAAUCCAUAUCAAUCACAAAACAUGCGCUCAUCGUCAAACAAUGAAAAAGAAAACAAAGCGUUGGCGCAAUGUUGUUCUCCUAAAGUAACAUAAAUAAUUUUAACCAUAAACAGAAAGCAUUUAUUAGCAUAAAUAAAAUGGAAGGCAGAAUCAGUUUCGAUUCCUUGUCUUACCUUCCGGACGAUUCAUUUGUGAUAGAGUGUAAUGAUGAUUUUGGUGGAAUCUGUGAAGACAUCGUCUGUCUGGCCAACGCGACUCACCUGGUGGAUCAGCUGGACCCUUCAAAACUGGCUUCUGGAAAUGAGAGCCCUCCGAGUAGUAGCUACUACUCUUCUGCUAGGUGUUUUGACAAAGAAAUUCCUUCGCUAUUUUCCGAGAUGGAAUACCUAACCGAAGUUUCACCUGACACGGAAAUGGCUAUCGUUCCUGCGCACAUCCUGCCCGUCGCCGUCGAUCCAAGUGAGUUUGCUUGGUCACGUAGAGAAGAGGUUACAAAUGAAAUAAAUGGACACGACCAGCAAUUCUAUCCUCACACCGACAGUUCGACAAACACUUCCUCGUGCAAUCAGUAUCCCAUCUCGACAAACUAUAGAACAAUCUUGCAGAAUUAUAUCCAGAAAGGAAAGCGAAAACUAGAGCAAAGUACCUACUCGAAAAUGAAAGCCAUAUGUGUGAAAAGUAACAACAAUUCUACCUCCCUUGUCGAAACCGUUACUAGUACUUCCUACGGAAACCCGCCAAACAUAACUGCCACCAAGAUGAAUCCACCACGCGAACCCAGUGAAGGAGUGCCUUCAGAUUCAGCUCUUGUACCAAAUUUCCGAUGUAGAGAUUGUAACUGUUGCUUCCUAUCUGUCGAACGGCUCAAGAAACACCCUUGCAUUAUUGCGGUGCAGUACCAGUGCCAGCUGUGCCGGCGCGAGUUCCGCAAAAAGAAAACCCUUGAGCAACAUAUCAAGACCCACAAUAAGGUUUUCUCGACCGACGCCGAUCUGCGGAAAUGGUGAAUCGUUUCCGCGUGGGGAAAUCUAUUAAUAUUUGUGUGCGUGUGUGUUCGUUUGAUUCCUGACUUAUAAAUGUUACUUAAACAUGAUGCUA